GAUUGCAUCUGCGCGCGCUGCCCUUAUCAUCGAGCGAGUGUAAACCCCAGAGAAGAGAAAACCAUGAAUAUAAUGCAAUGAAAACAACCUCCCCUGCAAAGACCAACAUCAAGGUCGCGCACACGCACACAGUCGCGCACACAGGACUGUGUUGGAGUGAUGCACUGUGGGUAGUGGUGUGUGUGUGGACGUCUGUAAACCGGAGCCUUUGGGCUGCAGCAUCUUGGACAGGGGCAUAAUGGAAAGAAAACGCCAGUUUGGGACCGGUGGAAAACAAUCGAUCUGGAAGCUCACCAAAUCACGACGGACUCGUUCACAUCUGGACGUUUAAACGCAUCGUGGGUUCUCAUGCGGGGCGGCUUUGCCCUCCAAAAAAUAUCCCGAACGGAUGAACGUUGAGCUCAAGUAAGAAAUCUGACAGACUGCUGAACUGGGAAACGUGUUUUAUUAUUUAAACGACUCCGUUUCGCCAACGCUUCCUACCAAUCAAGCCUUUUAUCCAUGAAGCACAGUGCUAUGUCUGUCUUUGUUUUUUUUUAAAAUAACACUGAGACUCCAGUAGAUCAUCCAAGGCCUUACACUCAGUGUCUCUUCUAAAACUACAACGCGAUUUUUUUUAUGUCGCUUGGGACAAGGAAUAUUGGUACUUGUGCCUGCACGCUGCACUGUUUUUCAUUUGGAUGGUUGCCUACUGUCACCCAAAAUUAUCAGUUGACCUGUUCGCCUUUAUGUAGCCAACAUUGACUUCGAUAGAAUAGUUAGCAACCAAAGUAUUAAACAUGCAUGUAGAUGUACUGUAGCGAUCAGAAACCUGUAUAUUUUUGUCCAUGUUUUACUACAGACCGUUAACAGAAGCGAUUUCUCGCCCAUGCGUAUUUCAGUGUAGCAGUAAUAAAAGUCGAGCAGAAGCGGAACCUCCGGUUGUCUCCGAGGAGGCAGCUCUUCCUGAAAGUAAGCAGGGGGAAGGAAGGGGUUAUCCGCGGGUCUGUGGUGCCUAAUAGAUGCCAAAUAUCUAGCGUGUUUUGAGGAGAAUCCGUAGUUUAUCCUUCGCAUCCUCCGUUGACCCAGUCUGGAUUUGACAAGCGAGACGGGACGCCGAUCUCUAAUCGCUUCAAACUACACCUUCCACCCUCGUCUUCCAACGAAAGUCCCUAUUUGAAACCCCCUCUACUUAAGCUGUGUUGCUGUGUUUUUACCAUCGUAGCUGGAUUGCUGUUUGAUAAGAGAAAAUAGCCUGAUUUUUUUGGCAUGCAUUUUAACUUGCGACACAUGCAAGCGGUGGAACAGACAUUCCAUUAAAAGACUGAAACCGUAUCCGUUAAGGAGUGGGCUUGGGACAGUCUGCGCGUGAUAGUCAGUAAUCCCCGCAGCAGCUGGAGAAAGAUGAGCCUGGGUCAUACCGACAGCGCCAAAGAGUUUUCGUUGAAGCAGCAAGACGAUGCAUUCUGAAGCUCUUGGAGUGUAGCACAGGCGUUUUAACCCUGCACUUGUCUCUGAAUGCAUUGUGGUUCUCUUGCAAUUGCCAACCUGUAUGGUCAGUCAGAGAAACACAUCAUCAUCAUCAUCAUCAAGAGGAUCUGUUGACAACCUUAGGCUCUCUCCAAUGAUUCUGUCAUUUAUAUGGUCAUGACCUGAGUCGGUUACACUUUCUUUGGAGAUUACAACUCUAAUGCUUGUCAUUUUUCAUGGACUAUUGGUUGCCAUUUUUUUCCGGAACAUUCUGUGUUUUCUCAAACAUAUUUCGGAGACUGAGGGUUCUUUUUUUUCAGCCUGAUGUUGCAUGGCCUCCUGACCUCCACUGUCGCUCAGAUUCAUUGAGUGACUUCAGUCCGUCCACUAGGUCAUGGAGUGGGGCUUCAGGAUGGUCGAGAACACAUGACUUUCUGUGGCUCCUGUACUGGUGUAUGUGAGAGAGAGAGAGAGAGAGAGAGAGAGAGAGAGAGAGAGAGUGUGUGCACACUCAGAACUGAGCAUCCCCUCACCCCCUCAGGGGAGGAAAGAGAAAGAAGUCGGCUAAUAUUUGCCCUGUCACAGGGGUAAACACCUUGUACGGAGCUUGCUCGCAGUUGUCGUGGCGAUGGGAAGUUCAGCCUCUUCGCUUACAGCAGAGACCGAGUCGGAACACGGGUUCCGUCCGGCACCCUAUCCGGGCGCCCCCUCUGUAGGCUGGCUAAGGAACAGCCAUAGCAGCCCAGUGUGGGGGACCACCUUCAUCACGCGCCAGCAGCAGAAUCCUCCUGUACCACACAGAGAGCGCAGUCACUCUCACUCACCGGGCUCGAUGGCGGCGGUGGUGCGUGGCAGCGGCGAGUGGUCGUGCGGCCGCUGCACCUUCCUGAACCCCGGCGGCUCGCCGCGCUGCUCCAUCUGCGAAGCGCCGCGCCAGAAGCCCGACCUGAACCACAUCCUGCGCCUGAGCGCCGCCGAGGAGCCGCGCUGGGCCUGCGGCCGCUGCACGCUGACCAACCCGCACGCCGCCGGCACCUGCUCCGUCUGCGGCAGCGCCGCGCCCAACGGGCCCCAGCUGGCCCUGCCCCAGGUGCCGCCCGCUCCGCCGGCCAAGGCCUCCGUCAUCACCGCCACCGCCGCCGUGCCCCAGGACCCGUCGGCUACGCCCAGCCCCGGGGAGGGCACGCCGCGGGCCGAGGAGCCGUGUCGGCGGCUGGAGGCCUGCUCCAACGGGGAGGUGGUGGUGGAGGUGGGCGUGGCUGGGGGCGUGGCCGGGGGCUGGGCGUGCCCGCGGUGCACGCUGCACAACACGCCGGUGGCCAUGUCGUGCUCGGCGUGCGGCGGGCCACGCAAGCUCUCGCUGCCCAAGAUCCCCCCCGAGGCGCUGGUGGUGCCCGAGGUGCGCACGCCCGUGCUGGGCUUCCCUGGACCCGCCGCCUCCUCCUCCUCCUCCUCCUCCGUCGCCGUUGGCCAGACCACGCCCCUCAUUGACCUCACGGAGGACACGCCCCUCCCGGCCACGCCCGAGCCGGUGGUCACGCCCCUCUCCUCCUCCUCCUCCUCCUCCUCGCUCCCGCCCGCGUCGCUCCAGAACAACCCCGUCCCACGCAGCCGCAGGGAGGUGCCGCCCCCGAGCAGACAGUCCGGCGGCGACGCCAAACACACACACGCACACACACACGCGCACACGCCUGCUGCCGCCGUCGAGCCUCUCCUCGGCAAGCGCCUGAGCGUGUUGGAGGAGGAGGACGCGCACCCGCACACACACCCUCACCUGCACACGUACGCGCACAGUCCGGUCACCUCGCCUCCUUCCUGGAAGUGCCCCGGUUGCUCGGGGCUGGGCAGUGGCCGCUGCGACGCUUGCCGCUCGACCAUCCGCUCCACGUCGUCCACGGCGACCACCUCCUCCUCCUCCUCUUCGUCCUCCUCCUCGUCGUCGGCGGUGGCGGCGGCGGGGGACGUGAUCGAUCUGGUCGGGGAGUCGUUGCGCUUCACGCCGGCGUCACCCUCCAGCCCGGACUUCAGCUCGUGGACGUGCUCCAAGUGCACCCUCCGCAACCCCACCUCCACGCCGCACUGCUCCGCCUGCGGCUCCUCCAAGCUACACGGCUUCACCGACGCCUCCUCCUCCACCACCUCCUCCUCCUCCACCUCCUCCUCCGCCUCCUCCUCCGCCAUCAUCGCCCAGCGCCUCCAACCCUCCCACUGCAAGCCGCCCUCGUCCACCUCCUCCUCCUCCGUCACUCCCGUCUCCGCCCCGCGCAAGACCGCCCGCGUCUACCCCUCCCUAGCCGGGGGCUCGUCCUCUUCCUCCUCCUCCUCGUCGUCCUCGUCGUCGCCGGCCGCGGGCUGCUCGCUGGCGGUGGGCGGCGGGGGGGGUGCGUUGGUGGUGGCGGCGGUGGUGGUGGGGGGCCAGUGGGCGUGCCCGGCGUGCACGCUGCUCAACGAGGGCCGCUCCAAGCACUGCGCCGCCUGCCACACGCCGCAGCAGCAGUGCGUCCGCUUCGCCAAGCUGGGCAAGCAGCUCAAAGCGCCCUUGAGAGCGUCCCGCGUGAGGCCCGCCCGGCGCACCGACGAGGGAGAGGCCAAGGAGCUGUGGGAGAACAUCGUCAGCUUCUGCAGAGAGAAUGCAGUUAACUUUGUGGAUGACAGCUUCCCACCGGGUCCGCACUCAGUCGGCUUCCCCGAGAGUGACAGUGUCCAGCAGCGAAUCAAGAAGUGGCUCCGCCCACAUGAGAUCAACUGCAACAACUUCAAGGAGCGCGGCGUCAAGUGGAGUGUGUUCCGGACACCCCGCCCCUCCGACAUACUGCAAGGGCUGCUGGGAAACUGCUGGUUCCUGAGUGCGUUAGCGGUGCUGGCGGAGCGGCCUGAUCUGGUGGAGAGGGUGAUGAUCACGCGCAGCAUCUGCACUGAGGGGGCCUACCAGGUGCGCCUGUGCAAGGACGGCACCUGGACCACCGUGCUGGUGGACGACAUGCUGCCCUGCGACGAAUACGGCUACCUCCUCUUCUCCCAGGCCCAGCGUAGGCAGCUGUGGGUGGCUCUGAUUGAGAAGGCGCUGGCCAAGCUGCACGGCUCCUACUUUGCGCUGCAGGCCGGCCGGGCCAUCGAGGGGCUGGCCACACUCACCGGCGCGCCCUGCGAGUCGCUCAUGCUGCAGGUCAGCUCCACCAACCCACGCGAGGAGCCCAUCGACACCGACCUCAUCUGGGCCAAAAUGCUCAGCUCCAAAGAGGCCGGGUUCUUGAUGGGCGCUUCCUGCGGGGGCGGGAAUAUGAAGGUGGACGACGUCGUGUACGAAUCCCUAGGGCUCCGUCCACGUCACGCUUACUCCAUACUGGACGUCCGGGACGUGCAGGGCUACAGGCUGCUGCGGCUCAGGAACCCCUGGGGGCGCUUCUCGUGGAACGGCAGCUGGUCGGACGAGUGGACCGACUGGCCACAGCACCUGCGUCACGAGCUGAUGGCCCACGGCAGCAGCGAGGGCGUCUUCUGGAUGGAGUAUGGAGAUUUCAUCAAGUACGUCUGAUCGGUGGACAUCUGUAAGAUCCACUCGGACUGGCACGAGGUGCGCCUGCAGGGCUGCUUCCCCAGCCGGGCCAGUGGGCCGAUCACCGUCACCUCCCUCACUGUGCUGGAGAGGACCGCACUGGAGUUCGCCCUGUUCCAGGAGGGCAGCAGGCGUUCAGACACAGCAGACAGCCACCUGCUGGACCUGUGCAUCAUGGUGUUCCGGGCGUCGUUUGGCAGUGGCAACAAGCUGACGCUGGGCCGGCUCCUGGCCCACAGCAAGCGCGCCGUCAAGAAGUUUGUGGGCUGUGACGUCAUGCUGGAGCCCGGCGAGUACGCUGUGGUCUGCUGUGCCUUCAACCACUGGCAGAUGAACCUGGCCAGCCCCCCCACGCCAGUGUCCAGUCCCACCAGUGCACGGCGGCCCAGUCAGGACUUCCCGGGCUUCAUCCUGGCCAUCUACAGCUCGCGGCAGGUGAUGGUGGAGCAGGUGGAGGCCAGUGCCACGACACUCGCCGACGCCAUCAUCCUGCUCACCGAGAACAAGGGCGAGAGACACGAGGGGCGGGAGGGGAUGACGUGUUACUACCUGACCCAUGGCUGGGCAGGCCUCAUCGUGGUGGUGGAGAACCGCCACCCUAAGUACUACCUCCAUGUGUCCUGUGACUGCACCGACAGCUUUAACGUGGUGUCCACUCGCGGAAGCCUCAAGACCAUAGACAGCGUCCCACCACUGCACAGGCAGGUGCUGGUGGUGCUGUCCCAGCUGGAGGGCAACGCCGGCUUCUCCAUCACCCACCGACUGGCCCACAGGAAGGCAGCUCAGGCCUCUCUGGGGGACUGGACCCCCAGCAAGGCCACACACUCGCCCCAGCUCACCUCAGACACCGAUGGACUGCACCGGCCACGGCCACUCUGACACACACACACACACACACACACACACACACACACACACACAGACUGGCACUCCAAAAGCAUGUGCGCUCACGCACAGACACAGACAAACAAACAUUGCUGGUGUCUGUUGGCACUGACUCAUUUUCAGCGCGAACAUCCUGCCAAACACACAACUGUGCCAUGAAACGCAUUACCACUGAUCUCACACACACACACACACACUUGCAGAGGUGAGGGGUUAAGGUCUGGUUGGGUGUGCUAUAACUACUGAGCCAACUACAUCUGAUUAUUUAAGCCAUAGCCACUCCUCCCUCACACACGCACACACCCAAACACACACAAGGCAUAAAGGCCUGUUUUACGGUACCAUGUUGAGCCAAACUUGCUUACAGAUCUCUUAAACCAUUACAUAUUUUUACCCGUAUACCAUAUUAUUACGCAGUCAUAUGUAGUCUUUAUUCAUGUGUUUACUUGUAAGUGUGUCUGUGUGUGUGUGUGAAUGAAUGAAUGAUUGAGUGAGUGAGGGUAUGUAUAUAGAAAUGCCUGUCAGACAAGUAUAUGGGAUAUUAUCUACACUGGGAGUGAUGAUGGUAUGAGGGGUGACCGUGGAAAAAAACUUGAAUACAUUUUUUGGGAUUGUUUUGUUUGUUCAUUGUUUCCGGGACAACGGGGUAAUAUUUUUACAUUGAUUUAUAGUUUUUGUUCCAUUAUGAUUAAAUCAGAUACUUGAUUUGCUGUUGGAUGGAGAGGCAGACAAUCUGUCAGAAAGUAUGUUUGUGUCAUAUCUGAGGAAAUGGAUUGAAAAUGGAGAAAGAGCGCUCGAUGGUUCACGAUCUGUGUGUAGAGCUGACGUAUUUGUUAAUUUAUUAAUGUGAAAGAUUUGUGUUCAUGUGUUCAGAAAAGCACAAGAGAAUCUGCUGUCCUACGUCUGUAGAUUAUUGUGUGUGUGUGUGUGCGCGUGUGUUUGAUGGAUGACUGAUGCUGAUGCACUGAAAUCUCUUCUUUAAUUUUUUAAUGUGAGAAGGUGGUUGUUGCACCACCUUGUGCACUCGUUUAAUCUGGUGUCAGUUUUUCCCUUUCUCUCUCUCUCUCUCUCUCUCUCUCUCUCUCUCUCUCUCUCUCUCUCUCUCGGAGGUCUUUUCUCUCCUCUCUUCUCCUCUCUUCUCCGUCGCCCCUGUCUGCCCAUCUGACUUGGUCUUUCUCUUUAGUUUGUUCUCUCAGCCUUGUCCUGUGGAUCAUCUCUUAGUUGGAACAUUAUUGUGACUCGUAAGGCAACGACUCCCCCUGGUGGUGUGCAGAAGUUAUACUUCACCUGGGUGCACACACACACACACACACACACAUACACACACAGUCACAUCAUGAUUUGUAAAUUGUACAGACUCAAUGCUAAUACCACCUUAAAAAUCAGUGGAUUAACCUGUAUAAAGAAAACCAACCAAUCAGAUCAAGCGAUUGCUGGAGGAACAUGGAACUCCACUGGAUGGGAAUGUGAUGUAUAGAAUAUUUUACUGAUUUUGGAGACAAAAUACUAUAUGAAUAUGUAUAAAUAUCUCUGUAUGUUAAAUUUGCAAUCUCAGGUUCCAUUGGACCAAAUAAAGUUUUUUUAACGAA